CUGAGUCUGUGUUUGAUGCAUUCCUGGCUGGAAGCUGGUGUCAUUUGUGUGUCAUACUACAGUUGGACUUCUGCAGUGUUAGUGAGCACUGUGUAAGCUAGGCCCAGUGGGCACUGGGUUUUCUGUGCUCCUCUUCACCUGGCAUCCAUGAGGACACGACUCACCUCGCCUCCCUGGAAGAUGGGAAAUGCUUCAGAGACAGCGCUGUUUGUCUCCACAGUCUCAAAGGAGCUUGACAUUCUCAUGGGCACUCUCUACAGCAUAUUUUGUGUUUUGUCUCUCCUGGGGAAUGGCAUCUUGCUGCUUGUGGCAUUUUGCCAUCGCUCAUUCUUGAAGCCAGCCGAGUUCUUCAUCAUUAACCUGUCAAUAAGCGACCUUGGAAUGACCCUGUCUUUAUUUCCUCUGGCUAUUCCCUCUGCAUUUGCUCACAAGUGGCUGUUUGAUGAGAUCACUUGCCGGGUCUACGCUAUGUGUGGUGUUCUGUUUGGUCUGUGCAGCCUAACAAGCCUUACAGCUCUGUCCUCUGUCUGUUGCCUUAAAGUCAGCCUCCCUAACUAUGGUAACAGGUUCUCUCCAUCCCAUGCCUGCGUCCUGCUAGUGGCUGUGUGGUUUUAUGCAGCAGUGUUUGCCAUCGGCCCCCUAGCACAGUGGGGACGCUACAGAGUCGAGCCUUAUGGCACCGCCUGCUGUAUUGACUGGCACGCACCCAACCACAAACUCUCUGCUCUGUCCUACAUCAUAUGCCUGUUCCUGUUCUGCUACAUCCUGCCCUGCACCGUCAUCUUCCUGUCAUACACCUUCAUCCUGCUGACUUUGCACAGCUCUCGCCGGGCCAUGCAGCAACACACGUCGCCCCAGACCAACACCACCGACGCACACAGCCUCAUUGUUAAGCUGUCAGUGGCAGUGUGCUUGGGAUUCCUCGGUGCAUGGAGCCCUUACGCCAUAGUGGCCAUGUGGGCGGCCUUCAGCGAUGCCAGCCUGGUGCCUCCAACUGCAUUUGCCCUGGCAGCCAUCUUGGCCAAAUCCUCCAUCAUCUACAACCCUACGGUCUACCUGCUAUGCAAACCCAACUUCCGCAAGUACUUGUGCAGAGACACGUCCAUGUUCUGCAGUAGGAUCUGCAGGGGCAGCACUCAGCCUGAACAGAAAGAUCUGAUUGGAUCUACGUCCCAGAGAAACAAGGACACGAGGGUCUCGACUUGCGUCUCAAAUGGACAGCCAGAGAGCCACAGGGUGGGUCUAAACUGUGUGGAGGAUCAAGCACACUGCCACACAGGAACCAAGUCCCAGGGAUACGAACAUCCUACACCUACAGCAAGGUGACUGUCACUCAACUCUCAGCCAAACGUCUCUAGUUGUGCAUCAAAUCGGCAUCCUACCGGGGGGGGUAUUGGAAAGGAUGGAAAAGAAUAAAUUAGUAAGAAGAAAAAUAGCAGAGGCUUAGUUUAUCAUAUAUUUUGAUCAGAAUUAGCCUUUUCAACAUAACAGUACAAUACAUCCUACCUGUGUAGAUACAGUCCCCAGCCUGUGCCAUCCCACCCACAUUACACAGCAGGUUUGUCUUUGUCAGCGCCUUCAUUUCUGACACACAUUACUCAACAACAACAGAAGAGCUUUCAGCUUCCUCUGAUCUGACCAAAAUUCCAGAAAAAGGGCCAAAGCUUCAUGGUUGGAUACUUUAUAAGAAAACAGUAUUUGACAUUUUGACGUAACAAAACAGCUUUAUCACUCAUUACCACAGAAGACCAGGGAAUAUUGCAACAAUACACUGAAUCAAGUUGAGUCCAAUGCCUUUCAUGUUGGACAAUGCAAACAAAAUAGAACAUUACAGUUUUCAAGUGUGGAAAUAUUUCAAUAUAUUUAUAAAAACAGAAUUGCAUUAGUGGAUCGAUCAAUGAGACUCACAUAGCAAGACAAUAUGAACCUUUUACAGCUAAUCAUGAACAUGUUUUAAUACUGUGGCAGUGUAAAAGAUGGUUAAAGAUUUACUGAAAUGUUUCCAAUGCUUUGCAGUAAUGUAUCCCUGUUUUUUCCUGCAGAACAUUGUUUUGUUGCACUGUAUAUCUUGAUGUAUAUAUGUAGUAAGUGAGGAUGUAUUAUCAUUUUGUUGUGCUAAGGUGCCCCAGAUGUGACAAAAAUAUUGUUGCCUCCCAUAACAUCACCCCAGGUUGUUG